AUGGCCCCCAAGAAACAAGAACAAACGAAGGAAGUAGUGAAACUUUCUCAAGAACCAGAAGCUACUAAGGAACCGGACUUUGACGCACACAACAUCAAGAUUGAGUUCAGUGCCGAUCAGAUUGAAGAGUUCAAAGAAGCCUUCCAGCUGUUUGAUAGAACUCCAGAGAAUCAGAUGAAGAUCUCGUUGUCUCAGUGUGGAGAUGUGAUGAGAGCUCUGGGACAAAAUCCAAGCAACGCUGAAGUCCUCCGAGUGCUGGGAAGACCCAAGCCUGAGGAAAUGGACAGUAAACUGUUGGAUUUUGAGACCUUCCUGCCGAUGCUACAACAUGUGUCUCAGUCCAAAGACAAAGGGACAUAUGAGGAUUUUGUAGAAGGCCUCAGAGUCUUUGAUAAAGAAGGAAAUGGGACUGUGAUGGGUGCAGAGCUGAGACAUUUUCUGGUCACUCUGGGAGAGAGGAUGACAGAGGGAGAAGUGGAGCAGGUACUGGCAGGACAAGAAGAUAUGAAUGGAUGUAUUAACUAUGAAGCUUUUGUCAAGCACAUCAUGGCUGGCUGAAAGAGCACGUGAAGAGUCUUCGGUCAGACAGAAGUUCCACCUGUCUGAUUCCUCAACGGUUUCUUCUUGGUUUUAUUCAUUUUGUCUGUCUGAGAUUCCAGCUUUUUUCUGUGUAGUUGUGAAAG